GUAGAAACCCCAAUUUAGACUCUGGUACUGGCAUGACAUAAUGACAAUGUCAACUUGAUCAACUUCAAUUUGUCAACUGUCAUUUGUCUUUUGCGAUAGACGCGAGAUGCACUUCCUACAAGAUUUUGAUCCUGAAAAAUCUGUACGUGAAAGAAGGAAACUUAAUCGAAAAAGCUAUUUCAUGAAUCGUAAUAAAAAGAUUUACAAUGAACGAGGACAAAUAGCUGCUACAGGUAAAGACCUUUGCGAUUGUUUAAUUGAGAAAUGCCCUGGUUGUCAUUUUCCCUGUCCAAAAUGUUCAUCAUUAAAGUGUGGAAAUGAAUGCAGGGUAAAUAGAAAAUGGGUGUAUGAAAAAAUUGAAAUUGAAGGCUUUGAUACUUGCAUAAAGAACAGUUAUAAAAAUAAAUAAAUAACUGAAUUUAAUUAAAA